AUGGCUUCUCGUAACAGACUGUCUUUCACCGCUAGAGCGAAGCAACACAAGCAUCCCUUGGUCCAGCAGUUGUUCUCGUUGGCUGAGAAAAAGCAGUCCAACGUAGUCCUUUCAGCUGACCUUACGACGACGAAAGAACUGCUUGAGAUAGCGGACAAUAUUGUCGAUGACUUUAACCAACAGACAGUUGAUGGCCUGACUCAACUUGCCCAAAAGCAUGGUUUCCUGAUCUUUGAGGACCGAAAGUUUGUCGAUAUUGGCAACACUGUGCAGAAACAGUACAAAGGAGGAGUACUCAAGAUUCACGAUUGGGCCCACAUCGUCAAUUGUACGGUCCUACCAGGACCUGGGAUUGUACAGGCACUCGAGCAAGUCAUACAGGAUGCUGGACAUCCAGACCGAGGCGUUCUCAUCUUAGCAGAAAUGACAUCGAAAGGCUCCCUCGCUACCGGCACAUAUACUCAGGCCUCCGUUGAUAUCGCGCGACAGUAUCCUCAGACAAUCAUAGGGUUUGUUUCUACCAAAGAGCUAUCUAAUGUGGGAGAGUCGAAGAAUGAAGAGGAAGAUUUUGUGGUCUUCACUACUGGAGUGAACAUUUCAAGCAAAGGAGAUGCGCUAGGACAGCAAUAUCAGACCCCAGAGACGGCUAUGGCUGGAGGUUCCGACUUUCUUAUUGCAGGACGGGGAAUAUAUGCUGCGGCUGACCCUGUUGCAGCUGUCAAGGAGUAUAGACAAGCAGGCUGGAACGCGUAUCAAGCUAGGAUUCAAUGA